AUGGCGACUCCAUAUUCAACACAAACCAACACCGCUGCCACCAGCCGAACAGCAUCUGUGGGAUCUGGUCCUAGGCAGACUGAUUACCUCGACCUACCCGUCCGUGAGCUGAACGAUGGCGCCGCCCUUCACGAAUAUACAACUGAGACACCAGCCGGUGAAAUCAUCAAGCCAAUCAAGUCGAACGUGACCGGUAAACUGGAAGACUGGAAGCUGGUCACCUUCACGAUCGAUGACCCUGAGAACCCAAAGAACUGGUCCAAGGCGUACAAAUGGUACUGUACCAUGGUCGUCGCCUUCACCUGUUUCGUUGUUGCCUUUUGUAGUAGCGUUAUAACGGCAAAGUUGGAGGGACCCAUGGAGGACUUUGGUGUGGCUCGUGAAGUCAGUCUUCUCGUGGUCACUGUGUUUGUUAUUGGAUUUGGUGUUGGCCCCAUGGUUUUUGCUCCACUAUCUGAAAUGGUUGGCCGUCGCCCCGUUUAUGCAGUAACAUUGCUCAUUGCCGUCAUCUUCGUUAUUCCAUGUGCUGUUUCCAAGAAUAUCGGAACCUUGAUCGUUUGCCGUCUGAUCGAUGGGAUUGCAUUCAGUGCGCCGAUGACCUUGGUCGGAGGUACACUGGCAGAUCUUUGGAAGAACGAGGAACGCGGUGUCCCAAUGGCUGCCUUCAGUGCCGCCCCCUUCAUUGGCCCUGCAAUUGGUCCUCUGGCUGGUGGUUUCCUCGGCGAUAACUGUGGUUGGCGAUGGCUUUACUGGCUGCAGCUGAUUUUGUCCUUUGUUGCCUGGGUUUUGAUCACCUUUACCGUCCCCGAGACAUACGCACCCAUUUUGCUCAAGAAGCGAGCUGCGAAACUGCGCAAGACCGAAAAUGAUCCCAAGUAUACCACCGAAACCGAGCUUGACCCUCGCCCUCUGGGUCAGAAGCUUCGCAUCUUCCUCUUCCGACCUUUCCAGCUCCUCUUCUUGGAGCCCAUUGUCUUGUUUAUCGCCCUUUACAUGUCAGUGCUGUACGGCCUGCUGUACAUGUUCUUUGUUGCCUAUCCCAUUGUGUAUCAAGCUGGCAAGGGCUGGAGCGCCUCGAUGACAGGUCUCAUGUUCAUUCCUAUGGCUAUCGGUGUGCUCAUGAGCGCGGCUUGCGCCCCCUUUGUCAACAAGCAUUACCUCAAGGUGUCCGCAGAAUGCGGUGGAAAGCCACCAGCUGAAAAGCGUCUAAUUCCCAUGAUGUUCUCUUGCUGGCUCAUUCCAAUCGGCCUCUUCAUCUUUGCCUGGACCUCGUACCCUACCGUCCACUGGUUCGGCCCCGCAAUCGGCGGAUGGCCUGUCGGGUUUGGCUUCAUUUUCCUGUACAACUCUGCCAACAAUUACCUUGUUGAUACUUAUCAGCACCAAGCCGCUUCGGCUCUGGCAGCCAAGACAUUCCUCCGCUCGAUGUGGGGUGCUUCUACCGUCUUGUUCACUGAGCAGAUGUAUAAUCGUCUCGGCUACCAGUGGGCCAGUUCGCUUCUUGCCUUCCUUGCUUUGGCAUGCUGUGCUAUUCCUUACGUGUUCUACUUUAAGGGCGCUGAUAUUCGCCGCUUCUCCAGAUACGCUUUCAGCGACGAUGAGGAGCAACAGGGCGUGAAGGCUUAA